CAGCCGUCUCUGACCUUUCCUUCCUACCAGCAUGACGAAACCAGGAAUUUGGCCAGACUGAGCAACGCCAAUUCUCCUCCUCCGUGUCUCCACAAGCAGAGAUUGUCUAACGAGAGAAGAGAGAUUGCAGAGAAAUCAAUAAUGGGGCUCUUCAGCUACACCUUGGCCGGAGGAGGGUUCGUGCUCAUCGGAGCCUGGGAAGCCUUCAUGUGCGCCUCGAAAACACUUUCAUCAUCGCCUUCUUCCCCUUCUUCACCCCUCAAUCAUAUCAAUGCAACACCACCGCCGUCGUCCGCUAGAACCGUAAAGAAGCCGCUGUCCUCGUCUGUAAGCUUAAUCGCCGUAGCCCUUUUAUCUUUUUUCUUCAUCUUGAACUCUCUGGUCUCAUUAAUCGACGCUUUCAACUCGAGCGAUCGAGUUGGGUCUGUUCUCCAAUUAGGGCUAAUCUCAGUUGCUUCGCUGUUUCUUUUCUACGCUAUUCUAGGUCUCUUGAUAAACCUCACGGAUUCGUUUAUUUUACCCACUUCAAUUCUUACCUUGAUCUGUCUCUUUGCUUUCGUAGAAGAGUUUUUAUUGUUUUACCUUCAAAGGAAGGACCCAAGUGGAAUUGAGAAUCGAUAUUUUGAUCUCCUGCUUGUGCCCAUCAUGGUUUGUGUUUGCUCUAGCAUUCUGGAACUGAAAUUACCUAAAUCUAAUUUUCCGAGAUUAGCGCGCGGGGUUGGUUUAAUUUCGCAAGGAACGUGGUUUAUGCAAAUGGGUAUUUCCUUUUUUACUGAUUUGAUGGUUCAUGGAUGUUCUUUGCACGAAAAGAGUAGAGGGAAUUACACGAUAAGGUGUAAGGGUCAUCCGGAGUAUCAUCGAGGAAGGGCUAUCGCAACGCUUCAGUUUAAUUGCCAUCUUGCUUUUCUCGUGGCUUUAAUUGUGGGCGUGUACUCGAUCAUCGGUCGUAAAGAUGGGGGCCGUAUUGAAUUCAUGCAGUAUAGGCCCCUCGGGGCAGAAAUGCAACAGAUGGAUCAUCAGUCUCAGUUUACUUUGGAUUCUGAUGAUGAUGAAAUUAGAGAAGAAGCAAGUGUGGUGAAGCAGAAGGAAGCUGUAAUAGUUUCUGAAGUGGUGGUGAACGGUUAUGGCUCUCAUCAAUGAGGUUGUUAGACAUGCUUUCAAUUCCUCUAAGGAGUCUCUACCAGUCACGAGGAAGGAAAAAUCUGUCCACAACCAUGUCAUUUCAUGUGCAUUUUGGAUGUUGUAAGAGCGUAGUGCUAACAUAAGUGAAAAUGAUGAAAUCAAGAAGUUAAAGUGCCACUUAAUCCUUUUAUUAUUGCCCAGGACUAGGAUUGUAUUUAUUAUGCCACCUAUUGUAGAUGAACCUUUAAAAUUGAGCAUCCAAUGUGCUGAGCAAAGUCAUUGUCUCAUUGACUUGAGGACUAGAAACCAAGAUUGUCCCAGAAGGGGCAUUCGCAAUAAAGCUCUGUGAAGAAAACAUAAUUACUUUAAAAGCAUGAAUGCAAUGUACGGGUGUGUUAUAGAA